GUCACUUCCCAGGACGCUGGCAGCGGCAGCCCGCAGCCCCCUAGCCCUCGGCAGGUUUGCCUCUCCUUCCCCGCCAUCUGAUUGGAUAAAGUGGGGGCUCGACGGUGGCCGACGUGGGACAGUCUGGCUGUGGCAGGGGUCUCGGAAACCAUGGGUUAUUGCAGUGGCAGGUGCACGCUUAUCUUUAUCUGUGGCAUGCAACUGGUUUGUGUGCUGGAGAGGCAAAUAUUUGACUUCCUUGGUUAUCAGUGGGCACCCAUUCUGGCCAAUUUUAUACAUAUUAUUAUCGUGAUUCUCGGUUUAUUUGGAACUAUUCAAUAUAGACCACGUUACGUAACUGGAUAUGCUGUCUGGCUAGUCCUCUGGGUUACGUGGAAUGUGUUUGUUAUCUGCUUCUAUUUGGAGGCCGGGGACCUCUCAAAGGAAACGGACCUUAUCCUGACUUUUAAUAUUUCAAUGCACCGCUCGUGGUGGAUGGAGAAUGGACUAGGCUGUAAGGUGACGUCAGUGACACCUGCCCCAGACUGGGCCCCAGAGGACCAUCGCUACAUCACGGUCUCAGGGUGUUUUCUGGAGUACCAGUACGUAGAGGUGGCUCAUAGUUCCCUCCAGAUUGUCCUCGCACUGGCAGGGUUCAUCUACGCCUGUUAUGUUGUGAAAUGUAUAACUGAAGAAGAGGACAGCUUUGAUUUCAUAGGUGGCUUUGACUCCUAUGGCUAUCAAGGACCUCAGAAAACAUCUCAUUUACAACUACAACCUAUGUACAUGUCAAAAUAAAACAGACAACUUCAGUAUGUCAGCCCAUUGGACUUUUCAAAGAACUUGUUUCGCAGUGACCUGCAUUUUAUGAAGAGCAAGAAGUAACCAAAUUUAACUAAAUGUGCAUAGUAAUACACAAACACACACAAAGGUUCUGCCUACACUGACACGCAUGCACAUGUACACACACACACACACACACACACACACACACACUCACACACACACUGCAAUUUCAGUUGAUCUCUUUCUAAGAGAAAAAAGUAAAUAAUGCAGGGACAUGCAAAUCCUGGAUUUCCUGAAAACAGGCUCCUUUCUCCCAGAAAAAAAAAAUCAUAAGGAAAUGUGUCGGUGCCCUCUGCUGGCCGUUACUAACCUGUCCGCAACCUGGCCUGUGGGCUUCUGUGAGCUGUGAAGCCAUUCAGGGCACAUUUUCGUUUAAGAGCCCCGUUUUCUGCACUCCAUACAUCUUGAUUGCACCACGGCUACUUAGGCAAUGUAAUUG